UGGUUGUCCAGUCGUUGCCUUGCCUCAAGAGACAUUCAGCCCUUGCCUUCUGACCUCAGUUAAUAUAUCUGAUCUCCCGGUCUGAGCUAACACUUGGAAUUUAUUUUAGGCAUCAUCAGUUGUUGACAUGCAGUAUUUUGAUAAUUGGGAACUCGACAGAUAGCUAUAGUAGCUGAGUGUAUACCAAUUUCCGUUAUUUCUUGGAGAUACAUGUAAUUGACAGGAAGAGAAAACAAGACUUCAUUUAUUUCAGUUGUUGAUAGCUUGGAGGAGGAUAAGUGAAUGGACAAGAGAAAACAUGAGUCACCUGCUAAGUACAGACUUAGGUUGUUUAGUAGCUCAAAUUAGUGUUUUGAAGUAGCUAUUAGGAGAAUAAAACUGGAGAAAUGAAGCUUUGGCUGUAUUGGAGGUAAUCUUGAUGGGCUGGGAACACAUGUAUCGGGAAAGAGCUACGAUAUGCAAUUAUGGAAGAAUAUUUGAGGAUAAGGGUAUAUACCAAAAGCAUAUGUGAAUACGCUGGGAAAACAUCUUUGUAUGUAUUUGGAAACAAAUAUAAGAACGGAAUUAUGAAAGUGUGACAUCUUUUUGUAUUAAGGUGUUGGGUUGUCUUUUAAGAGACUGUUUGAACUUUGUAAGAAAUUGAGGUUUAAAAAUGCCUCCUUGUUGCUAUUGCAUUGUUGCAACUUUUGUUGUUUCUAUGGAUGUUAUGUAUGCAAUUAUUUGAUCCAAAAGUACAUACCUUCUCAACUUAUGUUAUUGGGUUGGUGUAUGAAAUAAUAAGCAGGGAAGCUGCUUCGAACUGGAAUGGUGAAGGUUCUUUCCUCUUUACUUCAAGCUCUGCACCAUAUGAUUGCAACAACAAUGGAUCCUGUGAUGAGGACUGUCCCGUUGUACCAAUUGGGAGGAGCCCUAGGACAGAUGUCCUUCUGAAGGCAGAGAAAGUAGUGCUAGAUUCUGGGGCAGAUAGAGGGGCACAUGUCUAUUGGUUGGGGAAAGGAAUCGUUGACGCUCGUCCAGAUCACAUUUUAAAUCUCAUACACUACGAGGAUGCGGCUUCCCUUUCAGUUGCAAUCUUGAAGAAGAAACUUCGUGGACGGAUUUUUCUGGGUUGUGACAAUCAACCUCUAUCCAGGCAGGAAGUAAUGGACUUGGUGGAGAAAAGUGGGAAGUUUACUAAGAAAUUUGGGAGUUUCACAGGCACCAAUGGUCCGUUAGGGAAGAAAUUAAACAACUCGAAAACCCGCGAGGAGAUAGGAUGGGAGCCAAAGUACCCAAGCUUUUCUCAGUUCCUUGGAGUCUCUGAGUAA